AUGACUGAUAUUAUAAGUGUUAUUGCCCCGAUUAAUAUGGCAGUAAUAAAAUAUUGGGGCAAACGGGAUGAGAAAUUAAUUAUACCGUUAAAUGAUUCCGUUAGCGGAACAUUGGAUCCGAAAGUUAUGUGUGCUAAAACUUCUGUGUGUGCACGAUCUGCAUUUGAAGAAGACGAAUUAUGGUUAAAUGGUAUAAAAGAAUCAAUUACAAGCGAGAGGCUGCAAAAUUGCCUUAAGAAAAUAAGGGAGUUGGCUAUUGAACAAAAGAGCGUUGACGAAGAAUUUUUGAAAUUCAAAGUUCAUAUUUGUUCUGAGAAUAAUUUCCCUACAGCGGCUGGCCUAGCUUCGUCAGCUGCUGGUUACGCAUGUUUAGUGACUGCCUUAGCUACACUUUAUAAAGUGAAAACUGACAUCAGUGCCCUAGCGCGUAUAGGUUCAGGGAGUGCGUGUAGAAGUGUAUACGGAGGAUUUGUACGGUGGUAUGCUGGUUCUAAUCCAGACGGAAGCGACUCUAUUGCAAAACCAGUGGUGGAUUCGUCACAUUGGCCUGAUAUGAGAGUACUAGUUCUUGUGAUUGCUGACACUAAAAAACAUACUAGUUCAACAAAGGGUAUGAAAACAACAGUUGAAACUUCUGAAUUAAUGAAACAUCGUAUUCAAGUGUCUGUGCCAUCUCGAAUUGAGAAAAUUUGUGAGGCAAUUGUGAAAAAGGAUUUUCCUACAUUUGCAGAAUUGACAAUGAAGGAUAGUAAUGAGUUUCAUGCAGUUUGCUUAUCAGCAUUCCCUCCCUGUAUAUACUUAACUAACACCUCACUUAAAAUAAUUGAGAUGGUUCAUUACUACAACAAUAUUUGUGGGACUAUUAAAGUUGCAUAUACCUUUGAUGCAGGACCAAAUGCUUGUUUGUAUCUGCUGGAGGAAGAGGUCCCAAAAAUGUUGUCUGUUAUAAAAUAUUUCUUCCCAUUCUCUAGUGAAGACUUUAUUAAGGGGUUAAAGGCUCCACCUAUCAAAGAAUUUCCAAUUGAAUCUCAUAUCUACAAAUCAGCUACAGAGAAGGACUUAAUUAAUUAUAUAAUUUAUACAAAGGUAGGCGAAGGUCCUAUUGUUUUAAAAGAUGGACCCCAUUUGCUUAACGAACAUGGAAAGCCUCAUGAAAAGAACAUUUAA